AUGUCGCGUACAUAUGCUAACGAGAUCCCGCCUCGAGCGUGCGUGUGCGCAGAGCCAACGAUCGCCCACCGCACCGGACAAUUCCUGUUAGAUAUCUGGUCAAGAUACUCAAAAGACAACAGAUUUCCUCUGCCAAUAAACCUAAACCUAGAUACGCGUUUAACAUGCCGACUUGUGGCCGGGCUGACCAGAGAACAAAGAGACGUGUGUCACAAUGCACCUGAUACAGCGGCUGUGGCAUUCGAAGGUCUGCAAUUGGCGGUUAGGGAAUGCCAGCAUCAGUUUAGAUGGAACCGUUGGAAUUGUUCCAGCCUGUCUGUGAAAAGUGCCAAUCCUCAUGCAAGUGCCAUUAUGAAGAGAGGGUUUCGGGAAACAUCAUUCCUCUACGCGCUAACAGCAGCCGGCGUCGCACACUCAAUCGCGCGCGCCUGCGCACAAGGUCACCUGCUCUCCUGCAAUUGCGACCCUCGAAGAUACCGCUCAUCGCAUGACGAGAAAUGGCAAUGGAGCGGAUGUUCUCAUAACCUGCCAUAUGGCAUCGAAUUCUCCAAGAAGUUUCUGGACGUAAGAGAGGAAGACCAGGAUUUACAGUCAAAGAUCAAUGUUCAUAAUAACAACGCCGGGAGACUGAUUUUGGCCUCACACAUGGAGGUGCGGUGCAAGUGUCAUGGCCUGUCGGGCAGUUGCCAGCUCCGAACUUGCUGGCUGGCCACACCUGAUUUUAGGGUUGUGGCUACAGCCAUUAAACGGAAGUAUCGAAAGGCACUAAUGGUGGCCCAAAAAGAAUUGAACAAACACGAAUCCUCCAAAACUGAAGUGUUGGUAAAUCGACCGCGCACCAGACACAGUCACGAUGAAAAGAAAUGCAAGAAAGCACGGCCAGCGCCUGCCACGAGCUUAGUGUUCUUUGAAAAAUCUCCCAGUUUCUGCGAAGCGGACAACAGAUUGGACUACUCAUCCGGCACGGCAGGUCGGGUGUGUAGACCUGGACAUUCAUCCAGGGGCUCCUGCGAUCUGCUAUGCUGCGGCCGAGGUUAUGACCUUGUAAAGAAAACCCAGAUUAAACCCUGCAACUGCGUUUUCAAAUGGUGCUGCAAUGUUGAGUGCCAAAAGUGCACAGAAGUCAAGUGGGUCGCGCUUUGUAACUGAUGAAAACCUGGUUUAAAUCUUUGAAAUUGCGAAUUCUUUUGUUUCAUUUUAACUUGGAAAUAAUUAAGGUACACAAAGGAAACUAUAUCAGAACGAUUUUGGCACAUACAUUAAAAAAAGUUCACGUGCUUGAUAGAAAAACACACAAGUAAAUAUGUAUAAAUUGAUAAUCCGUGUUUUUAAUUCAAUUUGUAUCUUUCACUGGCAACAUCAUAGUAUAAUAAGACAAAUAUGGUAACUCUAUAGAAACGUAGCAGCACGGGUUGUAUGUGUAGGUACACGCUGGCCGCGCGCCGCCGUGUAACGCACGCACACAUUCGCAAAAUCUCGCGGCGCUCUCGCGUUGCAUAGCUCGGGUCGCCACACCGCCAUUAAUUUAUAGAAUUGAAGCGUUCGCUCAGUGUUUAAACAAUGACGUCAAAUAGUAUACGUGUUUAUGUUGUUUACGGUAGUUUGAACAAGAGCUCAUAUUCACAAUAGUUCAAAAUUUCAUUUCUAUUUCAUAAUGAUUCUCCAUAAUCAUGAUACCGAUCCGCGACGCUGGUAUAAGGUAUUGCAUUUAAGAAAGAUGAAUUCAGCACGAGAAUUAUGUUUGCAACUUGUAUGUACAACUAAAGUACUAAUGUAAGAAUCCUACGCUCCCGAGGCAUUUAUAAAAGCCGAACAGGCGGAGUUGCCCUCCUUGUUCUUAUUAUACUAUGGCAGCACAGUUUUAUUAACUUGUCAUUCCAUUCUAAAAGACGCAUAACUAUUUAAUUUUCAUAUUUUUCAUUAGAUUGUUAGACACCUACUGUACUUAGAUAGCAUCUACAUUUAAAAAGUCAGUAUUAAAAAAGAUCACCUAACAAAAAGUAUUAAUUAGUAUAGCUUGCUUUAAUUUGUAAAUAAAUUCUUAUCUAUCCAUUUUUUACAUUCCAGUGC